AUAAAAAUGAAGUACUUUGCAUUGUCUUCAUUAUUUGCCAAAAUUUUGAUCGUUCUUUUUUCAACUUCGUUAGCAGAUUUGGAACACACUCGUGAAGACUUUCUUCAGUGUCUUGUGACGCGUCUGUCUCCUUCUACCUACAAUCCCCAACCCAUAAUCUACACUCCAAAUAAUUCUCCGUAUUACAAUGUACUAAAUUCAUCCAUACAAAACCAUCGUUUUUCUUCUCCUUUCACCCCAAAACCAUAUGUUAUCGUUACACCAUUUACUCCAACUCAUGUUCAAAACACUGUUUACUGCUCCGAGAAACAUGGCAUGCAAAUCAGAACACGGAGCGGUGGCCAUGAUUAUGAGGGCCUUUCAUAUGUGUCCAAUGUUCCGUUUGUUGUAAUUGACUUGAGAAACCUAAGCUCGAUUAGCGUAGAGGUGGAGAGCAAAUAUGCAUGGGUUCAAGCUGGAGCUACGCUUGGUGAACUUUAUUAUAGAAUUGGAGAGAAAACUGGAAAUCUUGGCUUCCCAGCUGGCGAUUGCCACACUGUGGGUGUUGGUGGACAGAUCGGUGGAGGAGGCUAUGGCUAUUUGACACGAAAAUAUGGCCUCGCAGCUGAUAAUAUUCUUGAUGCGAAAGUGAUAGAUGCUAAAGGAAGAGUUCUUGAUAGGAAAUCCAUGGGGGAAGAUUUGUUUUGGGCUAUACGUGGUGGUGGACCAUCAAGCUUUGGAGUUGUUCUUGCAUGGAAACUUCGAUUAGUUCCGGUGCCACCAACAGUGACUGUGUUUGAUGUUAGGAGGAACAUGGAAGACAAUGCAACAAGAAAGUUCGUUCAUCAAUGGCAACUUCGCGCUAACAAAGUCGAUGACGAUCUAACAAUCUACAUCACAUUCCAGAGUAACAGUUCUAUUGAUAAAAAAGGGAAUAAAAAAAUUAUCCUUGAAGCUGCUGUCCGAGCCACUUACCAUGGUGGUAUUGAUAAGCUCCUUCAAUUAAUGCAAGAGGAGUUUCCUGAGUUAGGUUUACUAAGACAAGAGUGCACUGAAAUGAGAUGGGUUGAAUCCUUUCUCUACUUCAAUUCAUUCAGAAAUGGAGAAUCCUUGGAUGCUUUACUUAGUAGAACUUCUUAUUUCAAUUUAUCAUCGUUCAAAGCAAAAUCUGAUUAUGUGAAAAAGCCAAUUCCAGAUGACGUGUUGGAGGGAAUGUUAAGAAGGUUGCUUGAAGAAGAAGUAGGACAAGCUCGGAUUGAUGUAUUUCCUUACGGGGGAAAAAUGGACGAGUUUUCAGAAUCCACAAUCCCAUUUCCCCACCGAAUUGGAAACCUCUAUAUGAUACAUUACCUCGUGAAUUGGCAAGAAGAAGGAAAUCUUACGGCGUCCAAAAAGCAUAUUACUUGGGUAAGAAGACUUUACAAUUACAUGACUCCUUAUGUGUCAAAAAAUCCGAGGGCAACAUAUCUCAACUUUAGAGAUCUUGACAUUGGGAUGAAUGAAAACGAGGAUGGCCCCACAAGUACCCUUGAUAAUAUUGCAAAAGCAAGGAUUUGGGGAAGGAAGUAUUUCAAGAAUAAUUUCAACAAGUUGAUUCGUGUAAAGACUAUAGUGGAUCCAACUAACUUCUUUACAUAUGAACAAAGUAUCCCACCGAUUGUUACGCAUUAAAAUAUGAUUUAAGAUCCUUAGGAUUAAAUUAAAACUGUUCUCAUCUUUAAAUAAAGGUCUUUAUGUGACCAUAACAUACAAGUGUGCAAAGUUUGCAGCAAAAAAAAAAAAAAAAUCCUCCUCAUUUUGGAACGGCAUUUAAUUGCGUUCCACUUUCAUUAAGUUUAUGUAAUUUAAUCAUGACUAAUACGACUAUUGGUAUUUCAUAUAACAA